AUGGCUCUGCUCGUGCACGUGUUGGCCUGCGCCUUCGGCCUGGGCUCCUGGGUGGCGGUCAACGGCCUCUGGGUGGAGCUGCCCCUCAUCGUCAACACUCUCCCCGAAGGCUGGGAGCUCCCGUCCUACCUGACGGUCAUCAUCCAGCUGGCCAACCUGGGACCGCUGCUGGUCACCCUCAUGCACAAACUCUGCCCGGGCCGGCUCAGCGAGAGAGUGGUCAUUUGCUCCAUCCUCUCCAUAGGAGUGCUGUCCUGCGUCCUGCUGGCCUUCUUCUGGGACAGGACCACCGUCAUAGCCGGGGCCUCGCACAGCACGGCCUUCUUCAUCAUCACCUUCUUCCUCUCCCUGGUGGACUGCACCUCCUCGGUGACCUUUCUCCCGUUCAUGAUGCAGCUUCCCGCAAAGUACAUCACCACCUAUUUCAUUGGCGAGGGGCUCAGCGGUUUCAUUCCCGGCGUGGUUGCCCUGGCACAGGGUGUCGGAAUCGCCAAGUGCGUGAACUCCUCCCAGACCUCGGGAAACCACACGGACGAGCAGACGUGGUCCCUGCAGACGGAGUACCUCCCUUCCAACUUCUCCACGGAGGUGUUUUUCUUCUUCCUGGCAGCCAUGAUGUGUAUAAGCCUGGGCGCCUUCGUGGCGCUAAACAGGCUCCCUCGGACGUUCGAGCUGUCCACCGAAAACCUGGUGCCGGACACCGCGGCCUCGGUCGCAUCGGGGCUGGACAACCCGGGGGCGGAGGCCGGCGGAGGUUCAGAGGGCCGACCGGGGGGGGACCCGGCCAAGAGCAAGCCGCAGCUGGCCAAUCCGGAACACUCUGUGUACCAGCUGGGCUUCAUUUACCUACUGGUGGUGUGGGUCAACGCCUCGACCAAUGGCGUGCUGCCCUCCGUGCAGACGUACUCCUGCAUGCCCUACGGGAACCUCGCCUAUCACCUCUCCGCAGCCCUGGCCUCAGUGGCCAACCCGGUCGCCUGCACUAUUGCAAUGUUCUUCCAGAAUAGAUCCCCGGUCUUUCUCGGGGUGCUGACCAUGCUGGGGACGGGCUUCGGCGGCUACAACAUGGCCAUGGCGGCCAUGAGCCCGUGUCCGCUGCUCCAGGGAACUGCGGCGGGCGAGGCGAUUAUUGUGAUCUCAUGGCUCUUGUUUACGGGAACGCUGUCUUACGUGAAGGUGAUGGUUGGAGUUAUCCUGAGGGACCACAGCCACAGCGCCCUGGUCUGGUGUGGAGCUGCUGGACAGAUGGGCUCUCUGGUGGGCUCCGUCACCAUGUUCCCGCUGGUCAACGUCUACCAGCUGUUUACGUCAGGAGACUUCUGCAACACUCAGUGUCCUUUGUGA